CACGAGCACGAGGUGUUGUUUGAAAUUCCAUCUAGGUAGCAGGCUUCAAUCGGAUUACAGAAGCCAAGUCGACAACUACUCCGAUUUCCAUCCAAUCUCCGAGUCCCCGUUCGUCCCUCCGAGAGAGACGGGACUAACGAGCCCAGCCGUCGCCCUUCUGCCCCCGAUCCGGGCCCAGCCAGCUGAAGCUGAACUGGCACUGCAGAGUAAAGUGCGCGACUUCCAUGACUUCGACCCAUCAGGCCAAUCCACUGUUCCAGUGCGCCUGCCCCUCAGUCGCGACCACGCCCGAUGCGCCCCAUAUAUUGACGACCCGUCCAUAAUAAACAACGGAACUUAAUCUCACGAACUCCCGCCCUACCCACCAGCUGUCGCUAUGCGCGACACAAAAAUGCGGAACGGCAACCGACCACAAGUAUCCCAGGGUAGUCACGGUACUGUCGCCUUUACCGACAUGCCCAGCGGAAACUCGGCCGUCGCCGGGUCCAGCUGGCCGACCAUCAUCCCCAUGUCCACCAUCCCGGACGCAGAGGAUGGGGUAAUGAACUACCAGUACCAGGUGGAGAGCGAUCAAGUAGGAUUCGGCCAACCACUUGACCAGUUGUCUGAGAGCGGUAGCGAUUACGAGGACGUCGAGGACGAGCAUCACCAACAAGAAGACGGACAAGACGAACAAGAAAUGGAAGAGCACGACGACGACCAUGACGAAAAUGAGAGCCUAUUCUAUGGUCAUCACUAUCUGAAUACUGAUCAAAUGCUGGGCCACCAUCCGCAGCCCUCCUUCUACCCUGGUCUGGACGGUUAUAUCUCCGACGACGUCGACAUGUCCGACGAUGCGGGUGCUCCCUUGGUGAACUAUCUACAAGUGGCCAACUUACUCACUAACGACAUGGAAACCGAUGUUUCAGACUCGGGUGGCGAGCAUGGCUUUCCAUAUGAGUUGAGCAUGGAACCCGACCAUGAGGAUAGCAUUAGCAUGACCUCCUCCUUAUCAGACGAAGAGCAGUUCUCACAGUACCCUCCUGCUCCUCCAGCUCCUUUCACACCCUUCACCCCGGGCUUAGUCAACCAGAUGUUGGCAACAACUGGGCAAGGCUGGCCGCCUACGAUGACCGCGUCACAGGUGAUAUCCAGCAUCAUCAAUACGGUGCAUCCCCAAGUUCCGCCUACAACGUUGCUUGAUACCUUUCCUCAUCCAACUCACGGUCCCAACUUUCACAGCAUGACUAGUCUUGGUCCCAGCAACUACUGCCUGACCGAAUUCUUAUAUAACUGGGCUCGUCCAGAUCAUCGAGAACAGGGAGUACAUCUACCUAGGGGCCCCUAUCCAUGGCCCAGCAGGAUUGCGGACCUCGCUGCCCAGAAGCUUUCGCAGAUGCGCUACACAGACCUUGCUGGUGACCAAUGCGAUUUUCAAGGGGUGGACUGGGAAGGACUAGGGGUGACUAGGCAGGAGGCACGGCAACGUCGACUCCUGACCUACAGGAACUAUGUCAACGUGCCAGAGUCUGACAAGUGGGAUGAAAAUUGUCCCGAUGUUAGCUUACCUUGCACCGAUAGUUUCUUCAAGUUCCGGCGUAUGGAUUUCAAGUCCAACAUCAACUUGUCGCACUUUCAACUACGAAACAUUUUGGCAACCACCUCACGUACCAAGGUCUUUUAUCCCGGCACCGGCGCUGUACACCAGUUCAACCCAGUCUCGGGGAAAACCCGGGUAGUCAUGAAGCUCGGUGAUGCUCAGGGCUCACAUGUUUCCACUAUGGCCGCCGGCCACGGUGUCCUGAUAGCUGGUAGCUUCAACGGUGAGUAUACACUACGCCAUAUGGACUCUGACGAGCCAGAGUCAUCAGCCUGCCACGAGGGUAUCAUUACCAGCAACCAAAGCGGCAUUACAAACCAUGGCCAAGUCUAUCAGGAUCGAAAUUCCGACAGACCUCUGGUUGGCUUUGCAUCGAAUGACGCCGUCUUCCGCGUCUUGGAUAUCACCACCGAGAAAUGGCUUUCCCACGAAGUAUACGACUUCCCGCUAAACUGCACUGCGGUAUCUCCGGACCGUCGCCUGCGUGUCGCUGUUGGUGACCAUAAGAACGUCUUCAUCACCACGACCGAGUCGACCCUGGGAGGUGGGAAACCCCAGGUCCUUCAGGAGCUCUCCGGUCAUCGUGACCACGGCUUCUCCUGCGCCUGGGCAGACGAUGGAUGGACAGUAGCCACGGGUUUCCAGGACAAGGCAAUCAAGAUCUGGGACGCCCGCCGUUGGACAGACAACAACGGAACCUCCACGCCGGUAUGCACUAUACGUGCCGAAAUGGCCGGAGUCCGGAACUUGCAAUUUUCGCCCAUUGGCAGCGGCAAGCGUGUGCUCGUCGCCGCAGAGGAAGCCGACUACAUCAACAUUAUCGAUGCGCAGACCUUCCGUUCCAAGCAGACAGUCGAUGUCUUUGCCGAGAUCGGUGGUGUUUCGUUCACGAACAGCGGGCAGGACCUCACGGUGCUGUGUUACGAUCCCACACGAGGAGGCCUUCUGCAGUUGGAGCGGUGCGGAAUGGGUCAAAUGAUGACACGGGAUUUCGACGAGCGAGGCUUGGAUUAUCGCUAUUACGGGCGGCACAUGGGAGGAAACAGUGACGCUGACUGGCCACGGUCUUCUUUCACCGAGGAGAUGCGCAUCAAGGAUAGCGUGGUUUGGAGGAGUCAAAGACGCGCGGCGCUGGCUGAUUUGGAGCCUUUCUGAGCUUGGUCAGGAUUACCCGUAUUGGGUAUUGGGCAACGAAAAAGAUACAAUGGACUUUCGUGGAGCACUACGGUACCUCUGGGACAGGUUCAUGGCGACGAACAAACAAAACGAAGGUCAUGGUCAACAUCGGGCUGUGUGUACCCUCUGAAGCGGGCUCGGA